GGAUUUCUUCCUCUCGCGACGAUUAAUUAAUCCUUACCGCGGCCUCUUUGCGACUUUUGUCUCUUGUCCGAAAGAAUGGAAUCGCCGAAUCGAUCGCGUUUCUCUCGCGACGGAUAUUCCGCGACCGUGUCAGCCGGAUAUGCCUCGGUCUCGAUCCUUGGUGGUCGAUUCGAGCUAUCUAUCCUAGCACGGAACGCGCGCGCGCGCGGCGCGGCGCGACGCGAGUCGGGAACGUGCGACGAAUAAACGAACGAGCAAUUUUCGAGCGCACGUCUCCCGCCUGCCGAUCGAUUCGCGGCCAGACUUAACUUCGGAGAAAGGACUUUUUCACGUGCUUUGUCGAAAUGUCACACACGCGCCGCUUUCAUGCCGCUUUCAGCGAUCCCUUAUCAGCAGCUGACACCGCUCGCCUGUAUCUCGCGAAUUGCGGCAUGAAGCAAAUUCGACCUUUGCCCGAUGAAUUUUCCUCAAAACGAGACAGACAUUAGACACGCUCGCGAUCGGACGAGAACCGAUGCGCGAGGACCGUGCGUUCUCCAAUUUUCCAAAGAACUCGACAAGGACACCCCGUUUCACUCAUUUUAUUCACGCUAUUCACACCGCGUUCGCGCGAAUAAUCGUGGAAUCCGUUCCGUUCGCCGCUUCCAACCCCCGAGCCGUUAUCCCCGCGAUAUUAGACGACAGCAAGGCCGACAGACUGCGAUUUCUCUCACAGCGAAAAGAAAAGGGCCGACCAGGGUCAAUCAGCCGACAAACAGAGCGUCCGAUCGCCCCUGGCCAGCGCGCGUGCGAGCGAGCGAUUUCCCCCUCGUCGCCUCUCGCUCACAAGUCUCUGGCAACCGCUGCCUCCCACGUCUGCGGGAGCCUCGCUCACCUGGCUCACCGCGGUAGCAUCCUCCUGCACUCCCGCAAGUCGAGGACUUUCUCCGAAAGACGGCCAACUAUAUAUAAGCGAGAUGCACGCUGUUUGAAGCACGUUAGACGAAAAUCGUACCGCUCGAGUGCCACGUCGAGCAGGCCACGUGCUCUUUCUCUCUCUUUCUCUCGUCGCUACGUUUCGAUUCUUCGCUCGUACGCGGACAAGUAUCUUGCUUGCAGUAUCUGCCGCGGCACCUGCCGAAGGUCGAGGUUCAGUCGAGCGCGAGGAACGCGAACACACGCAAAUACACGGUCGUGCAUGUGACUUGGCGAGAGAGGACCGAAGGACUCCGGAGCAGCUUUGGCCACUGGAGCAGAUCUCGACCACGUCACGGGGUAUACCAUGAGAUCCGUGAGAAGUCGGGCACCUCUGGCAGUAACCGUGCUGGCCGCGACGGCCUUAUUGCUGAGGCCUAUCCAUGCGGACGCACCUGUCUCGGGUAGCUACUUACCACCGUCUACCAACUAUGGCACACCUAACUUAGGAGGAGGAGGAGGAGGAGGAGGAGGCGGCGGGGGAGGAGGAGGAGGAAUAUCAACAAACUACGGUGCACCUUCCGGCGGUGGCGGUGGCGGUGGAUAUAGCGGUGGUGGCGGUGGCGGUGGAUAUAGCGGUGGUGGCGGUGGUUUCGGAGGUGGUCGACCUUCCUCGAGCUACGGAGCGCCUCCUUCUACGAACUACGGGGCACCGUCCUCCAGCGGCGGUGGAGGAGGCGGUAGUUUCGGCGGUAGUUUUGGCGGCGGAGGAGGUGCUCCUUCUAGCAGUUACGGAGCACCUUCUCCCAGCUACGGUGCCCCGUCUCGCGGCGGCGGCGGCGGCGGUGGUGGUGGUGGUGCUCCCUCCGGCAGCUAUGGAGCGCCUUCCGGAGGACGUCCGUCUUCUACAUACGGAGCGCCUUCCAAUGGAGGCGGAGGUUUCGGCGGUGGCGGCGGUUUCGGCGGUGGCGGCGGUUUCGGCGGUGGCGGUGGUUUCGGCGGUGGUAAACCAUCGUCGACCUAUGGAGCACCUUCCAACGGAGGAAGCAGGCCUUCCUCAACUUACGGCGCGCCGUCCGGCGGUGGCAGUUUCGGAGGUGGUUUCGGUGGAGGAGCUCCCUCAUCGAGCUACGGUGCACCACCUUCCACGAGCUACGGAGCUCCGUCGCAUGGCGGUGGUGGCAGACCCUCGACUAGCUACGGAACACCUAAUACCGGCGGUGGCGGUGGAUAUUCGAGUGGCGGUGGCGGUGGAUACUCCGGUGGUGGCGGCGGCGGCGGCGGCGGCGGCGGUGGCUAUUCCGGCGGUGGCGGUGGAGCGCCACCGUCCUCCACUUACGGAGCACCGUCCUCGGGAGGUGGGGGCGGAUAUUCCGGCAGCGGCGGUUUUAGCGGCGGCUCCGGCGGAUAUUCCGGAGGCGGUGGCGGUGGAGGCGGCAGACCAUCCUCGAGCUACGGCGCGCCGAGCUUUGGCAGCGGAGGUGGGGGUGGACAAAGUUACGCUAGCAACGGAGGAUACCAAUAUUAAUUACCAGACACGUGUUCGCUCACGCGAGACGAACAUCUCUGUGCUCGAUCGCUUCGUCGGCUUCCAGCGGCCUUACGGAUUGCACGAUAUCUAUCCUCUCUCUCUCUCUCCCUCUCUCUCUCUCCCUCUCUCUCUCUCUCUCUCUCUCUCUCUCUCUCUCUCUCUCUCUGAUUACGACAUUCGACUCGAUCGGUUUAACUAAUCAGGUCGUCGUGUCGUAAAACGCAUCCUCUGAUCCUCGCUUCGAGAAGGCAGCUGUACAUGGUUAAUAAUCUCGAGUAAAUCCCGAUACCGUUCGGUGCUGGAGGAGCAACCGAAGAGACCUUUACGCCGCGACUACAUAAGCACGUCUCGUUGUCGUUGUCGUAAUCGCGAGUAUAAAAUCUUUGAUAACUGUGAGAAUAAUCUCGUGCGGAUGCGUCCUUCGUGGGAAGGUUCCUGUCCGGCAGCCGACAGGAACAGAGUACAAAGACGGACGGUUCGUCGCGUCAUAAAUCUACGAAACAUUUCUGUUAAAUGUUUCGCAACGACGGUUUCUCGAAUGGAAAAGUUACGAGUGACAAAAUCCCUUAUUCCUCAUCGAGGCGAUCGUGCAUCCGUGAACAACCAAAAAAAUGAAGCAUAAAUUUCUUCUCUCCCUAUCCCCUCCCCCUUCCUCUCCUCCUGUCCUUUCUUUUCUUUCAGCUAUUAUUAUUACUUUCACGCGCUUCCUAAAAAGAGUGUUUGUUCACGGAGUCUUCCGUUCGACAUCGAAAGACGUGUGCCAGCGAAGAAGGAUGAAGCCGGAGAAUAUAUGAAUGAGAUUCUAUAUCUGGACCCUGUAACUUAUUUAUUUUGUAAAGACGCUUUUUAUACUAAUAAUAAAGCCGCUAUACGCUAAUAAGAAAUGUUGUUUCUCAGACAUCUGUACAACAGACGGUCAAAUAUUCAGGCGGCCGUCGUCUCGCACAAGUUUUGGGAGAAAGGAGAAAGGAGAAGAAAAUACGAGGCAAUAUUUCGUCGGUCGUUCUCUCUCUCUCUCUCUCUCUCUCUCUCUCCUGCUCUUUCCUUUUUCUUUCUUUUUUUUUAUUUUCUUUCAACUGUCGCAACUAUUCACCGUUCUCUCUUAAUUCGAUAAAGGGAUUAGCUUCUUCGCCUUAUUUAUCGCCGAUUAGUUAUCUCGAUGUCCAAUGGCACAUUGGCGUCGAGCUCUUAAGCUCUUAAGGCUCUUUCCUCAACACCCGGACGAUGACGACUACUCGAAGCGAGGUCGUGGAGCUUGCAGCAGUAAGGUUAGUCGGUCGACGCGCGGUCGGCCCGGGUCGAUCUAUCGAUCCCCACGGCUUGGAUAUCAGUAAAGUAUGAAUAAAUAAGAGCUCUCUUUCUAUUCCUGCCGUAUCUAAAAGCGCGCAUCGAUGUCAAAAGCUCCCCGGCCUUCGUCUCGGCCGGCUCGAUUCGAGUGUGUGUGUGUGUGUGUGUGUGUGCCGCCGCGUGCCUGUGACCGCGUUUGCUUGGAUCGCAGACUCCCAUUGAAACAGACUCGAGGAUGAAAAUGCUGGACAAUUCCCACAGUUUUCAGACUGCUGGAGACGUUUUACGUCAUAAUUUGUAUCGUGA